AGGUAACACCUGGUCAUGAGAGGAAAUGACACUCAGACUAAAUUUAUCCUGUUGGGAAUUACAGACAGCCCAUGUGCCCAGGCUCCUCUUUUUGUCUUGUUUCUAGUGAUUUACAUUGUCACUCAGGUGGGGAACUUUGGCAUUUUCACAUUGGUUCGGGUGUCUCCCAGCCUCCACACCCCCAUGUACUUCUUCCUCGCCCAUUUUGCCUUCACUGACAUCUGCUAUUCCACAGUCAUCUCCCCCAGGAUGCUGGCAGACCUGUUAUCAGAGGACAAAACCAUUUCUUUCACUGGCUGCAUGAUGCAGUUCCUCACCUUUGCUUUCUUUGCUACUAUUGAGUGUCAUCUCCUGGCCAUGAUGGCCUACGACCGGCACGUUGCUAUCUGCCAGCCCCUGCUUUAUGUGACCAUCAUCUCCAACCGCGUCUGCUGGCAGCUGAUAGCAUCAUCCUACCUCUUUGCCUUCCUCAGUGCCAUCGUCUACACGUGGUGCACGUUUGGAGGUUCCUUCUGUGGUCCCAACCGCAUCGACCACUUCUUCUGUGAUGUUGUCCCUGUUCUAAAGCUCGUGUGCUCCGACACCCACAGCAGCGAGAUGGUCAUCUUUGCCUUUGUCACCAUCAACGUGGUGGGCACGAGCAUGAUCAUUUUGCUCUCCUACAUCUCUAUUCUCUGUACUGUGCUGAGGGUGUGCUCAGCACAGAGCAGGGCCAGAGCCUUCCACACCUGUGCCUCCCAUUUGAUGGCUAAAGUUGCCUCUAUUAUCUACACUGUGAUCAACCCCAUGCUUAACCCCUUCAUCUACAGCCUGAGGAAUAAAGAGGUGAAAGGGGCUCUGGCAAAGUGCAGGAGGAGGUUGUUCUACCACUGGCAAAAUAAAAGAGUUCGAUCAUCAAGGACAUGA